GACUAGAGGAGCGCAUCGUCAUCGUAUCGCUGGUGGAAAAAGUAUAUAAUGCCGCGCUGCCAUCGCGAUUGUCCUGAGUCUUUCUUAUUUGCCAAACCCUUCUUACUCACAGACGAGCUUCAAGAGAAGACCGCAACAACAUCGCCAUUCACCUAGUCCAUAGCACUAGCACUGUCCCCCAUGUCGCCGCACAAGAUCCCCAACGAGCAGUGGGCGCAGGUGAUUGAGGACGGAAACAACAAGGUCGAGUACAAGAAGAUCCCGGUGCAGAAGCCGGGCCCGGACGAGGUUCUCGUCAACAUCAAGUUCACGGGCGUCUGCCACACGGACCUGCACGCCCUCAACGGCGACUGGCCCUUGGACCGCAAGCUGCCCCUGAUCGGCGGACAUGAGGGCGCCGGCGUCGUCGUGGCCCGCGGCGACCUGGUCAAGGACAUCGAGAUCGGUGACCACGCUGGCGUCAAGUGGCUCAACGGCUCGUGCCUAGCCUGCGACUUCUGCCAGCAGGCGGACGAGCCGCUGUGCGCCAAGGCGCUGCUGUCGGGCUACACGGUCGACGGGACGUUCCAGCAGUACUGCAUCGCCAAGGCGGCCCACGUCGCGCGCAUCCCCAAGGACGUGCCGCUCGACGCCAUCUCCCCCGUGCUGUGCGCCGGCAUCACCGUGUACAAGGGCCUCAAGGAGUCCGGGGCCCGGCCCGGCGAGACCGUCGCCAUCGUCGGCGCGGGCGGCGGCCUGGGCUCGCUGGCUCAGCAGUACGCCAAGGCCAUGGGGCUCAAGGUGAUUGCCAUUGACACGGGCGCCGACAAGAAGAAGGCCUGCCUCGAGCAGCUCGGCGCCGACCACUUUGUCGACUUCAUGCAGUCCAAGGACGUCGUGGCCGACGUCAAGAAGGCCACCCCCGACGGCCUCGGCCCGCACGCCGUGCUGCUCGUCGCCGUCAACGAGAAGCCCUUCCAGCAGGCCGCCGAGUACGUCCGCCCGCGCGGCACUGUCGUGUGCAUCGGCCUGCCGUCGGGCGCGUACCUCCGGGCGCCCGUGUUCGACUCGGUGGUCAAGAUGGUCACCAUCAAGGGGUCGUAUGUCGGCAACCGCAAGGAUAGCGCCGAGGCCAUCGAGUUCUUCCGCAGAGGCCUGAUCAACGCCCCGUUCAAGGUCGUCGGAAUGUCGGAGCUGCAGAGUGUGUAUGACAAGAUGCAGCAGGGCGAGAUUGUGGGCAGAUAUGUCUUGGACACCUCAAAGUAGGGGAUACCUGUGUAGUCUAGUUUGUGCUCAAAUCGACCAGUUUCUGCCGUGC